AGCCAAUGUAAAGAAAUCAUGAUCAAUUAUAUGAUUCAUAUUCAUAUCAUAAAAUACUGAGCUGUUUGGAAGAAACAGCUGUUCCUAGCCUAGUACUGAGACCAAAGAGAAUUUUCUCACGGGUCUCCACAAGAAGACACUGUGCCGAGUAGAGAAUGAUCAUUUUGACAGUGAAACAGCCCCGACUUUAUAGAAAAGAGUUGUUUCUUAUGAAAGUCCUUGCUAAUGAGCCCCAUAGAACCAGUAAACAGUUUGGUAAGAGUAUUUGCAGUUAGGCGAGGAGUGUGUGCUGGUUAUGGCUGGGAAAAACGUGAGCUGCUUCAGUGCACUGCUCUGAGGGGCAGCUCAAGGGGGCAGUACAUUAAAGAGACUGAAAUUGUGCUUCUCAGCUAAUGUUGUGUCACCCUGGUGUCCUGUGAAUCUUCACUGAUUGACCACUGAGUUUUUAUUGGUGUGUUACAUUUAUUGCUAUAGCUGAAGGUCCCCACUGCUAAGAAGUCUGUCAGAUGGUGAUGUGGGAUGUGAAUGAAGCAGCCACCACGGAUUCCAGGCAGGGAGGCAAGAGGUGCCACUUAGGCUGGCACUAAAUUUAACGUGGAAGGACUGAACAGUCUGUAAAUAUUCUCUCAAAUUAGAUUUUGGCUAUUUCUGAUGCUUGGAAGCUAUCCUUUCAGCCACAAAGAUGGUAAUAAAUCUUUGCCUUCCACAGUUCAGACCAAGAAUUCACUGCAACAAGAUAUCAGCUGAUGGCUAUGAAGUAGAAAAUCUCAUCUCCGAAGACCUCACAAAGAGAAGUCAUGGUUUUAGGACCGAGUAUUUUAUUAAGCCACCAGUCUAUGUGACACUUUCCUUUCCCUUCAGUGUGGAAAUCUGUAGGAUUAACAUAGACCUCGCAGCUGGGGGAGGCCAGAAUGUCACUGGCCUGGAAAUGUACACAUCUGCCUCUUCCAGCAGAGGCUCUUGGACUACUCCCGAGUGCCGGACUCCGGGCCCAGCCGAGCCAUCCCUCCCAGACAAGGAGGCGUUCACCUUGGUAGGCAAAGUCUUCUUGAAAAACCAAAGCCAAGUGGUGUUUAGCCACAGGGGGUUCAAGGCCAGGCCACCGUUUGGCCCAAUGGAAGCUACACUCCCUUCCCCUGCUAUUGUGGCCCAGGAGCUCUGGAAUAAAGGGGCCCUUUCCCUCAACCACGUGGCCCAUCUCAAGAUCUGUAUCACCCAUGUGACAGGCGGCGGUAUCCCUUGCAUCAAGCGCUUGGAAGUGUGGGGUCAGCCGGCUAAAACCUGCUCGCAGGAGGUGAUAGACAGUGUCCUGCUGGUCGCCUCAGAGAGCAUCCCUCAGGACUUGGCUGUGCAGGCCCCGGCCUUGCCCAUGGAGAGUGACUGUGACCCUGGGAGCCAGCAGACCCCCUCCAGCCUGCAGGAGCUGGCUGAAGUGAUUCAGGAUGUGCCUGAGGAGUUCCUGGAUCCUAUCACCCUGGAGAUCAUGCCUUGCCCCAUGCUGCUGCCCUCAGGCAAGGUCAUUGACCAGAGCACGCUGGAGAAGUGUAACCACAGUGAAGCCACAUGGGGCCGCGUGCCCAGCGACCCUUUCACAGGGCUAGCUUUUACUCCACACUCUCAGCCCCUGCCCCACCCCUCCCUGAAGGCCCGGAUUGACCAUUUCCUGCUCCAGCACUCCAUCCCUGGCUGCCACCUGCUCGGGAGAGCACAGACUGCGUCAGCAGUGACCCCUUCUUCCAUUGCUCUGCCAUCUCGGAAAAGGAAAAUGGAGCUGGCUGAACAUGCCCCAGAUGGUAGUCUUGGUGUAAAUGCUUCCUGUUUCUCUACCACAAGCCUUCUGGUCUCACCCACUACCUCAGAGCACACCGCUAAGAAAAUGAAAGCUGCCAGUGAGCUUGGUCUGAUACACAUGGACUGCUCAACAGAACCAGUGUCCCAUGAGCAGAAGCUGUCACAAAGCCUGGAAAUUGCCUUGACAUCGACCCUUGGUUCCAUGCCCUCCUUCACGGCGCGGCUGACCAGGGGACAGCUCCAGCACCUCGGCACAAGAGGGAGCAGCACUUCCUGGAGGCCAGGCACUGGCUCGGAGCAGCCUGGGAGCGUCCUGGGCCCCGAGUGUGCCUCCUGCAAAAGAGUGUUUUCUCCCUACUUCAAAAAGGAGCCCGUGUACCAGCUUCCCUGCGGCCACCUCCUGUGCCGGCCCUGCCUGGGUGAGAAGCAACGCUCCCUGCCCAUGACAUGCACAGCCUGCCAGCAGCCAGUCGCCAAUCAGGACGUGCUGCGGGUCCACUUCUGAGUGACUGAACUCAACCUGAGAAGACCCAUGGCUGGGAGGAACAGGAGUCGGGGGUCGCAGCUCCCCUGAGGUCCGGCCAGGUUCUAGUCACAGAAGGGCCUCUUUCCCAAGGGCUUUCCCUUUCUUGCCUCCCACAGUGUAGCACAGGCCUGGAGUGAGGGGUGGGGGAGGGCGCUCCACUCCUGCUCAAGCGGCAAUAGGAUAACAAAGCCAUAGUUUGGGCUGGGAAGGAUGGGGGAGAUGUCCCUGCCCUCCUGUCCCUUCCUGCCCUCCCCCUGCCACCACCACCACCAGAGCCCUGGACCUGCUAGAGCCAGCCCCACCCUGCUGAGGGCCCCAAGUUAUCUGCAUACACUCCCUCCCCAUGCUGCAGGGUGGAUGUGCGUGGAGCACAAUAGACUGUGGCUUGGGAUCUCAGAGAGAGCCUCUGCCUUCAGUGUCACCCUAAAGGGGACCGUGGCGGGUCUGUGCAGUGAAUGACUCAGCCCCCUACUGGCAGACGACGCUGAGCCUUAAUAAAGUGAUGGUUGACGUCUGCUGUGGGCUUCCUCCUGGC